AAAGUUGCAGCCUGGACUCCGGUUUUCACACAGCAAUCACUCAGCCCUGCUAGCUGGACCUUAGGACCUUACUGCCUAGACUCGAACGUCAUGAUAGCCUCUAAGUUCAGGGAGAACUUCUGGUGUCCACAGUUUCUCAGCACAGUUGGCUAUGACAGCAUUAUUCAGCAUCUGAAUGAGGGCCGAAAGAAUUGCAAGGAAUUUGAAGAUUUUUUAAAAGAAAGGGCAGUGAUUGAAGAGAGAUAUGGCAAAGAUCUGAUCAACCUCUGCCGGAAGAAGCCCUGUGGGCAAAGUGAGAAUAACACCAUGAAGAGGGCCCUGGAAGUCUUCAAGCAGCAAAUAGACAAUGUAGGACAAUCUCAUCUCCAGUUGGCACAAACUCUACGGGAAGAAGCUAGGAAGAUGGAAGAAUUCAAGGAAAAGCAGAAAAUACAACGGAAAAAGAUAGAAGUUUUGAUGGAUAACAUGCACAAACAAAAACAAUUACAGUAUAAGAAAACUAUGGAAGCAAAGAAGAUCUAUGAACAGAAGUGCAAAGAUAAAGAUGAGGCAGAACAGGCAGUGCAUCGGAAUGCAAACAUAGCAACGCCAAAGCAGCAAGAGAAGCUCUUUGUGAAACUGGCCACUUCAAAGACUGCUGCAGAAGACUCUGACAAAACAUACUUAUUGAACAUCAAUUUGCUGGAGAAGAUAAGAGAAGACUGGCAGGGUGAACACAGCAAAGCCUGUGAGUUCUUUGAGAUUCAAGAAUGUGAACGAAUAAACUAUUUCCGGAAUGCGUUGUGGCAACACAUGAAUCAACUCUCACUUCAAUGUGUCAUAAGUGAUGAGAUGUUUGAAGAAGUCCGUAAAAGUUUAGAAAUGUGUAGCAUUGAAAGGGACAUUGACUAUUUUGUAGCUCAGAGAAGGACUGGACAAGUGCCACCAGCACCUAUAUUGUAUGAGAAUUUCUAUAACUCCCAGAAAAAUCCAGUACCAGGACGAAAUUCAUUACCUAAUGUGGGAAGGAGAGGACCUCUACCAAUUCCUCAAAAUGUAUCAGAGGAUGAUGAUUACUCUUUGGUGACUGAAUGCAAUAUUAUCUCUAACUAGUACCAACAGAAUUGAAGACUCUCAACCUGAUGCUUCUUUGACUGUACAAGGAGUCAAUGUGGAAUAGAUUUGGCUGCCAUUUUGUAUUAGUCAUGAAGACUCUGAAGUGAACUAUUUCUUUUGUAACUUUUAAUAUUUUAAAUUGGUGCAAAAGUUUUUGUUCUACUUGUCAUGGAUGGGUUGUGAAAGUUCCUUGAAGACUGUAUAAGUUCCAGGCAAAAGAGAUUCCUCUUCCUAAUCGAUGGUAGCAAUUGUGGAUAACAUUUUGUUUUCUACUUGGAAACUAUGAAAUGUUUAUAGAAUUUGAGAUCUGAAUCUUCAUGUAGUAGAAACAUCAGAAGAAGGGUCAUCAGUGUGAAAGCUCUUCUUGGUAUUAGAGAUAAUUUUACUCAGAAAAAAAGAACUGUUUUCCUACAAUGUUUUCAGUAAUAGUAUUAUUUCAUUAGUGGAGGAAUAAGAAUCUUAGAGUUAGAAAGGACUUUAUAGAUUAUGUAAAUCUUUUCACUUUCUAAAUGAAGAAACUAAGGCCCCUGAGAGGUUAUAUGAUUGUCCAAGGCACAGCAGCUAAUAGUAAAGCUAAGAUUAAGAUAUAGGCCUCCUGGUUUCCACUACACCUGUUUUCUCUUCCUCCCUUAAAGUGACCAGUAAUACUACUGCUGAAAUUUAAGCUAGUAAGUGUUUUGUCCAGGCUUCUUUACUGUUGAAAAAAAUUUAGGGCUGGUUAGGAGCUAUGAUUUCAUAAGUGAAGGCAAUUUAUGGUGUAGAAAUUCUUUCUACUAAUGUAGUUGAGAAACUCACUGGUAACUUGAAAUCUUUGAAAAAAAAUUGUUCGGGGUAUUGAGCAAUUAAGUGAUUAUCUUGUAUUUGUCAAAGGCAGAAUUUGAACCUAGCUCUUCCCAACUUUGAGGCCAGCCCUAUAUCUUUUAUACUGCACUCUCUUUGUUGAGAAUACCAACAACUAAAGUGUCAUUCUUGUUUUUAAGAUAGAUCACUGAUGAACAGUAUGUAGUCUAGUUACUCUUCUUCAUAAUAAAAAUUUUGUAGUUAUGAAAUCACUGCUGGCUGGGUUUUCUCAGGGAAAAAAAGUUUGUGUAUGUGUAUGUAUACAUAUAUAUGUAUAUAUGUAUAUAUGCCCAUCAUAUAUCCACACAUAAGUGGAUGUUAUACACACACACAUACAUAUGUAUGUAUACACACCGUGUAUCUAAGAUAUAUAUGUUUGUGUGUGGUUUAGUAUAUAUACAUAUACAUGUACACAUACACUGGACUUUGGACAUUCAGACAUAUGAACUCUAUACUCCAAGUGAUACUUUAGUAAUCCUUCUGUGGUCCCAAGGGACCUGUGAUCCUAAGGUACCUGUGGUACCCACAUUGAUAGUGGUAUUGUCAUAUAACUUCUAGAAAACUUUAGCACCCUCAAGAUGCUCAAUAAAUUUUAACCACCAACUUAAAAUAAAAUAGCAUUUAUAUAAAACUUUUUUUCUUUAGCAUGCUAUAAAUGUUCACACAAGGGACCCAUGUUAUUCUGUAAAUUGUAAAUCGAUCCUCUAGCACUUUAGUGAAUUAAACUGUUUGAAAGCAAACUGGAUGCUUACUCUUUUCUUAUGCAAGUGCCUAGUGGAUUUGAGGGAGGUUAGGCCAGGAAAGUUGCAGAAAUUGAAUAUCCUUUUGUGGUAAUUUCAACAUAGUAAAAAUAGAGAAAUUAAAGUAUCAUAAAGAUCAUCACUUUCUCAAACUAAAAAAUGUCAGAAAAUUUUCCUUUGUUGGGGAGCAAUAAAUAAAAAAAGUUUUAUUUAUUGUUGACUUCCUCAGGGAUUUCACCUUUUUCUUUAUCUAUUGGAAGCAUAAUUAUAUGGAGGAAUUGAUUUAAAGGUUUGUAAGCUUUUAAGAAAUGUUAAGAGCUCAAUUCUUAUUUUGCUUUCUUUGAAAGAAAAUUAAAUUCACUGCAGUAGUUCUUGA